AUGUACAACCUAGCUCGUAUGCAGCUCUCGAGAAACCGUAGAUCAGGGACCUUUUUCCAGCAAAAAUGGGCAGCCAAGUCUCUCACCCGUGGUUAUCACGGCGGUACCAUGCGUGAGGGCGACUGGGAGCGCAUGUUCUCUCGUCGCCUCCUCGGCACCGUCGACAUCGAUCCUGCCUACCUCGCCCGGUACGACGGCUCUGAACAGGCUGCCGGCCGCGGCUCCGGCAGGGACCUCGAUCCCAACGACCCCAGGCCCGCCGUCUCGGCAGACCAGUUCUCGAAAUCAUGGAACGCCCGCCGCCGCAGGUUCGAAAAUGAGGCCAACAACGAGAGGUCCGGUACCUUUCACCACAUAUCUGCCAAACGUGUGGUCGAAAAUGACGACAUCUGGAUCAAGACGAACGACGUCGCCAAACAAAUGACCCCCUAUAUGCAGAUGACCUACGCUCCACUGGAGAGGCGGUUGGAAGUCGCCAUCUUCAGGGCGAUGUUUGCGAGCAGCACUCUGCAGGCGAGACAGUUUUGCAUCCACGGCGCCGUCAGGGUCAAUGGUCAACUGAUGCGAUCCCCAGGCUAUCUCCUCAACCCCGGCGACAUGUUCCAGGUCGAUGUCGAGCGUGUCCUCUACGCCACCGGCAAGCCCAAGAACCCCCAAGAGAUUGCGCGUCUCGACAAGCUCCUGCGGGAGCGUGAGGAGCGAGAAGCCGCCGCCGAGGCCAAGGACGCCGCCCUCCGCGCCGCCAAGCGCCAGGAGCUCGCCGACAAGCUCAAGGCCGGCGACCGCGGCGGCGGUGAGGGCCCCUCGGCCGAGGCCUCAGAGCAGGCCGCAGGCGAGACGGCUGUCGAGGCAGAGUCGGAAGCCUCCGUCGAGGCUGCGGCCACCGAUGCCGACGCGGCCGGCAUGCUUCGGCGAGGACGGCGAGCCCAUGACGGAGGACGAGCGCGCCGCUCAGCACAGCCACAAGCCGCCAGUCUCAUCCAGGAUGCCAAGACGCUGCUCAAGGACGGCCAGGACAAAGAUGAGCGCCAAGGCACAAACAGCGCGCCAAAGGCGGAUGCCCGACGCCCGCCGACGCCCGCGGUCGUCGACACCGCUGAGCCCACCCCCCAGACCUGGGAGCAAGAGCUCCAGACCCUCACCAAGGCCGAGCAGGACGCCCUCGCGCGCCUCCUCGCCGAGGACGCCGAGAACCCCGUCGACGAGACGAAACCCUACCUCACCCCCUGGCAGCCGCGCCGCUACAUCGCCCCUUUUGCCUUCAUCCCCCGCUACCUCGAGGUCAAUCAGAACAUCUGCGCCGCCGUCUACCUCCGCCACCCUGUCGCCCGCCGCGGCGAGGCUGAGGUCCCCACCCCUUUCCCCAUCGACCAGAACCAGCUGGCCUUCAACUGGUAUCUCAGGAGGCGUUAG